AUGUCCGAUAAUUAUAAACUUAAUAGAAUUACUAUUGUUUGUGAUCCAAAUCCUGUUGUACAUAUAGAUGAUGUUAUUUAUUGUGAUAACGUUAAUGACUUAAGAAGUCAUAUACUUAGAAAUUCAAAUAAACAAAUUUCUGUAUAUUUAAUAGCUAAUUUUUCAUCAGAUAGAGAAUUAUUAAACGAAUUACAAAAAACACCACAAGUUGCUGUCAUACAUACGUAUGGUGUGAGUGAUUCAAAUUUACGUCAUGAAUAUUCAAAAAUCGAUGAACAAUAUCCGAUGGAUCAUAAAAAUUUUCAAGUUCGAUUAAAUCAAACGAUAAAUCUAGUAGCUACAGCUGAAAGUCUCAGAGCUAAUGAUCAAAGCUUAGCAAACCAAUAUUACCGAUUAGCAAGUCAAAAUUUACAAAAAUUAAGUCCAAAUCUUUUUCAAAAUGGUGAACAAAAUCCUAUCUCUAGAAAUGAACAAUAG